AAUUCGAGGUCUUCACUCCAAUUCGCCAAGAGAUAGGAAGGCGCUUCUACUACCUGGCAUCAGAUGCGGAUAACAGCGACAUAGCCUAUGCAUCAGACAGUUCGGCAGAUGGCAACUGCCUGAGGCGGGUAAACCUUGUGACGGGGGUCGUCACUGUCUUUUUGGGAAUAUGUGGAAGAGUGCACGAAGAAGGGGUUCUGUUCAACAAGCCGCGAGGACUCUGUCAAGCACCCAAUGGUGACCUGAUUGUGGUAGACAGCGGCAAUGCUGUCCUCAAAAGAGUAACGCAGUCAGGUUUUGUGAGCAUAUUUGCCGGUGUAUUCGGUGCUUUUGGCGACAAAGACGGCGCGCCAUCAGAGGCUACCUUUGACGACGGUAGCCUGGACAUCGUGUGCUUGAAGAACGGCUCGGUCCUACUUUCAGACACGACCCGCGGGAUCAUACGGUCUAUUUCGUGCAUCAGCGAUUGCCCCUCGCCGUCAUCGGGCAAACGAGAGGCCUUUGACGAAGGCUGCCACAACAACUGCACUGGCUCCUGGCUGGUGACGGCGGCAAUAGUGGUCGCAAUUUCAGCGGGCGUCGCCUAUUUCAAGAUAGACUGCGCAAAGUACUUGGGGCGCAAGCUCCAAAAGGCAAAAGACCGCUACAGUGGCAUCACUCCCCAGAGUCCUGCGGAUCCGUACUUCCUGCCGAGCGGCAAGGCGCGCGGAGUCGUGGAGGACGCUGACGUGACUGCCCCCCUUGUGGAGCCGGCCGGCUCCAUCGCUUCUGAGGACACAGAGGCGUCUGGGGCUUCCAUCGGGAGGACGAUCCCGGCCAAGCCAGGGGACAACGGUCGCAGCCUCCAGGGCAUCCCCGAACAUGGGGACGAGUUUCCUGGCUUCAAAGACAUUGUCGCCUGGAGUUCUGGCCAGCCACCACGAGGGGAGCAUGGCCCUGAGACGGCUGAUUUGGAGAAAGGCAUCCGCCCUGCUGCUAGACAGUGGUAA